AUGGCUUCCAUCAUCCCUACGGCCAUCAUGGCCCUGUCGCAUCACACGCCUACGGUUCGCGAUUCCUUAUCUGGAAUCUUUGGAAGCAUCAGCCUGACAGCUUGGAUCUGCCUUCUGCUGCCCCAGCUCAUCGCCAAUUAUAGGGCGCAGAGUGCCGAUGGCCUUUCAAUGGGCUUUCUGUUCAUCUGGCUGCUUGGUGAUAUAACCAACCUCGUUGCUCGCGAACACACCGCUAACUUGAGCAACACUAUAGGCGCCCUGUUCACACAUCUCGCACCGAGCGCUGUCGCCCUUGCCUUCUACUUCUGUAUUGCCGACAUCGUCCUGAUCAGCCAAUCCAUGUAUUAUAACGCGAAGAAUGCUCGCCGCUCCUCGCGUCACCGCCAGCCGCGCGCCACAGACGACCAGGCCCCAGGGGAGGAAGAUCCUCUACUGAACGAGUCGCGCCGCCGCACAUCUUCCACUGGCUUGCCUGGGUCGCAGAGGCGCCACGAAGUCCACACCGAAACAUCACUCGAGCCGCUGCGUAAGAUCGUGACCGGCGAGGACGAUACGCCCGACAGCAACCCCUGGCUGCACAACACCCUAAGCCUCCUUGCUGUGUGGCUUGUCGGUGCUGCCGGUUGGUUCAUCUCAUACAAGGCCGGCGCCUGGGAUGCCGACCAUGGAUCGUCGGACCCCCAGUCGCCGGAGGAGGACGGCACUAUGGCCAAGAUCGGUCUGGCCCUCGGCUACUUCAGCGCUGUCUGCUACCUCCUCGCACGCGUUCCCCAGAUUGUCAAGAACUACCGCGAAAAGUCAUGCGAAGGACUCGCCCUGCUAUUCUUCCUCCUGUCCUUGACGGGCAACCUUUCAUACGGCGCCAGUCUGAUCGCGUACUCACAGGACCCGCACUAUCUUCUCAAGGCCCUGCCGUGGUUGGUUGGGUCCCUCGGUACCAUCGCCGAGGACAUGGUUAUCUUUGCACAGUUUCACUUGUACGCAUCCGAACACACAUCCACGCUGGCGAGCGCGGCGUGA